AUGAACCAAAAGCCAGUUUGGGAGGAUAGAGAAGUGAAGUUUGAUAUUCCUUCAAUCUACAAAACGUUACGCAGCGGAGAGCGCAUCCUGGACGUACUUGAUUCCGUAGAGGACACUAAAGGAAACAGUGGCGACACGGGACGCAUUUUGGCGACCAAUCUGCGUAUAGUAUGGUACUCUGUGACCUCGUACCGCUUCAGCCUGUCCAUCGGGUACGCCUGCAUACUGACCAUGAACACCAAGACGGUCGUGUCGAAGCUCCGGGGAACUACGCAAGCCCUGCACAUUCUCGGGGUAGGAGCCAACUCCCGUUUUGAGUUUAUCUUCACGAACCUGCUGGCCAACACGAAACAUUUCGCCUCCAUCUUCGACAUCUACCGGCUGUACCAAGCAUCGACCGUGUAUCGUGAGCUGAAGCUCCGCUCUUCCGUAGUAACCGCCGGUCAGCUACAGGUGCUGCCUCAGGAGCAGCUCUUCAAUACGAUCAGCGGUGUCUGGAAUCUGUCGAGCGAUCAGGGUAAUCUGGGCAUACUGAUAGUCAGCAACGUACGGUUGGUGUGGUAUGCCGAGAUGAACAACAGCUUCAACAUCUCGCUCCCCUACAUGCAGAUAGCGACCGUAAGGAUACGUGAGUCCAAAUACGGACCUGCUCUAGUCAUUCAAACACUCGAAACCGGAGGCUCGUACGUGCUAGGCUUUCGUAUCGAUCCGCCGGACCGGUUGGGAGAGGUGUACAAAGAACUCCUUUCGCUGCAUAGCGUCUACACGGAGACACCCGUUUUCGGGGUGUUCUAUGAGGCCCCAGCCGAUAAGGAACGACCGCCCAGCCAAACGUUCGAUGAUAUCGAGGAGCUAGAGCAAGGAGCAGGCACAGAAAUAAAUUCCAAGUUUACCGCGUAUCUCGCCGACGGCACGGGACAGGAAGGCGCUACGGCCAGAGGUCGGAAGCCUUUCUACUGCAAAGAGCUCGGUUUCGCUAUGGAAUCGCUGAAGGAAGGAUACACGGUGAAGGACCUUUGGGACGUGCUGCCCUCUCAAUAACCGUCAGUUUGAACCAAG